AUGUGUGGAGUUGCCGAUGCGCCCAUCGGACGACUAGACGACUUUGCGGGCGAGUUGCUACUGAGGCUGGUUGACGACGACGACCUCAUCCUACAAUUUCUACUCUCGUCAACUCCAAUCACUCCCGCAGCCGAGAGGAAGUCAGCCAAAAAUGCUUCAAAAUUUCUUAGAGUCAUUAUAUAUGGGCCAAGAUGCCGCCUCAAUGACGUUGGCGAUUUUAUGACCCAGGCUGGCUGCUACUUGGAUGAUCCUGUUGGUUGUGAUCGCAAUGUCCCAUACAUGAACCCUCAAUCUCUGCGCACUGAAUUGAAAUCUUUCGUGAACACCAUGACAGAUGAGGCACAAUUUGCUCCAGGCCCUAUGUGGCGCGGUGGAUUGGUUGCUGAUGAGAUGGGUCUUGGGAAGACGCUAAGCAUGAUUGCUUUGGUUGCUGCGGACCAAGAUAGCACUUUGAACGAUAAGUCAUUCACAGGCCACCCUAUAUACGGCGCUUCCAUAAGCUCAACUCUUAUAGUAGUGCCGCUGAGCUUGUUCAGUGUCUGGGAAUCGCAGUUGAGAAGUCAUGUGCACGACGGCAGAUUGACAUGGUUCAUGCACCAUGGAAAACAGAGAUUUAACUCGAAGAGCAAGGAAGUACUGCCCGACAUAGUUUUUACCACUUAUCAGACAAUUGAGAGAGAGCAUCGUAAUUGUGCUCAAGGUAGCAGCUCUUUGUUCUCUCACCAUUGGAGACGCAUUAUCCUCGACGAAGCGCACACUAUACGCAACCACAAUACCUCGACUGCGCAAGCAAUAACCGUACUGCAGGCAACUUCUAGAUGGGCAGUAUCGGGAACCCCGAUUCAGAAUAGCCUGCUCGACUUCUAUGGCCUGUUCAAAUUUCUUCACUUCUCCCCAUACGACGACCCAGGAGUUUUCGACGACGAUGUCACGAACUUAUGGCGCGUCAAGCCCGCCGAGGAAGCCGCUGAGGCUUUUAAAAAGUUACUCUCGUGCAUCAUGAUACGCCAAACAAAAGCUAUCUUGGAUCUACCCAUCAGAGAUGACAAACUGAUCCGUGUGCCGUUUAGUCAUGAGGAAGAGAAAUAUUACCACCAAAUCAAGCAACCCGUCAUUAAUAUACUAGAUCGUGCCACAGAAAGUGGCUGCCAAACCAACGUACCCUGGAUGACUGCUAUACAACAAAUCAACAAACUUCGUCUUGUUUGCAACCUGGGAAUUUCUACUCCGUCACAAUCUCGUCACUUGCCACAAUCGGGCAGUAUCGAUGAGAGAACGGCUUUGAUGAACGCGCGAUAUUCCAUGGGUGGAGAACUAUGCGCACAGUGCUUACAGCCAGUUGAAGCACCCGCGUCUGGGGAUGGACUCCGGGAUGCUACACGACCACAGGUUUAUCUUUCAGCUUGCAGCAUAUUUUACUGCGCUGAUUGCUCUGCACUACUCCGAUACCAAUCACCUGAUCCAUGCGAGUAUAUAAAGCAACUGCAACCCUGUCAAAUUCGUCCAUUGGCAUCCUUCUUGCCUACCCCUAGACUUACACCAGUUGGCGAUCUUUCUCCCUCAUCAAUGGAGUGGGACCACAGCAACGAUAUUUCAAGUAAAGUAUGGACACUUGUAUCGCAGAUUAAGUCUUGUCCAAACGAAAAACAUGUUGUGUUCUCGUCGUGGACAUCAAGUCUCGAUAUGGUGGAGAGGGCGCUUCGGUGUGACCCAAACCAUAUUAUUGAAUCAGUCCGAAUCGACGGCAAAGUGCAGCUGAAGAACCGCAGCAAUGCCAUACAGCAGCUCCAUCGCAAUCCUAGGAUACGCGUCAUACUAGUCACGAUUGGUUGUGGUGCAUGUGGUUUGGACCUAACAGCCGCUUCGAGGGCACACCUUCUCGAGCCGCAAUGGAAUCCAUCUCUCGAAGAUCAAGCACUUGCUCGAAUCCAUCGAUUAGGGCAGACCCGUCCUGUGACAACCAUACGCUAUGUCAUGGAAGACUCGUUUGAAGAGCACAUUCUCAAAGUCCAAGAUCGCAAGAAGCUGCUCGCCACCACUCUAUUGUCAAAUGGCUCUUCCCUCGAGAAUCUGCGCCAAUUACUUCACGAAAGAAAGGAAGGCCAAUUGUCUUGA